AUGGAACCCACGGAAGCCUGGGCGCCCAGCUGGUCUGGACGCGUCACACUGGCCUCUCGUUGCAGCAUCUUCCCUCCAGUGCCCGGGCAGGAGCGCGCCCCCAGGUGGGCGGGGAAGCCGUUUGAGGAGGUCCCCAUCGCGCACAUCAAAGCCUCCUACAACAACACACAGAUCCAGGUCGUUUCUGCCGAGAACCAGCCCCUUGCCCGCGCCUCCUGUGGCACAGAGGGCUUUCGGAAUGCCAAGAAGGGCACCGGCAUCGCCGCGCAAACAGCCGGCAUCGCCGCCGCUGCGAAAGCCAGAGGGAAAGGCGUGACCCACGUCCGCGUGGUGGUGAAAGGCCUGGGUCCCGGGCGCCUGUCAGCCAUCAAGGGACUGACCAUGGGCGGCCUGGAGGUGAUCUCCCUCACCGACAACACCCCCAUCCCGCACAACGGCUGCCGCCCCAGGAAGGCCCGGAGGCUGUGACGGGAGGGAGCUGCAGCCCUGCAGACGCCACUCCAGCGGACCACGUCCCAGCACCGCGGGGGGUCUCCCUGCUGAGACCGGGGUCCCGUGGCAGUGAGCAGUGUGGCCUGCCUCCUGGAAGCGCCACCUCAUGGCGGUUAGGGAGCCGUGGCCCACGCCCCGGCCCUAAGCGGGACUCUGUGCUCAGGGAAUAAAGACGCCAAGUGUCUGAGUGGCCUGA